GUAUUUUUAUAAAUUGGGAAGUACAGUAUGCCAAAUAAAAAGAAAGGUAAUGACAAAAAGGGAGGAGGAAGAGGUGGUGGUAACACAUGGCAAAAAGACGAGAACGAUGUCCAAGCUAUUAUUGUUGCUGAUAGCUUCAACCGAAAAUUUACACCCAUAACACAAGAACUACCCAGAGCAUUACUCCCUCUUGGCAACAAAAGAAUAAUUGAUUAUACAAUUCAGUAUUUACUGGAUCAAGGAAUUCAAGAGAUCAUUGUCUUUUGUUGUUCAUUGGGUGAAAAAAUACGAGAAUAUAUAAAUCAAAAAUGGGUAGAGAAAAGUAAAUGUCAUAUUCAUUGUGUUAUGUCAUCAACAUCUGAUUGUAUAUCACUUGGAGAUGCUUUGCGUGAAAUUGAUAGAGAGGGUUUAAUUCGAUCAGAUUUUGUGCUGGUACCAGGAGAUUUAAUUUCAAAUGUGAAGCUCUCAGAUAUUAUAAAAAAACACAAAAUAAAACGAAAGAAAGAAAAAAACUUGGUAAUGACGAUUCUUCAGCGUGUCUUACAACCUGGCCAUUUUAGCAGAAGUCCUGAAGAUAAUGCUGUGUUAACAAUUGAAAAAGAUACAAAUCGAGUUUUGCACUGUCAGAAAUCUCAACAAUGCAAACAAAUUUUUAUUCCCACUAGCGUUCUCUCUAAUCGCACUGAUGUCAACAUCCACUAUGACCUUUCUCCAUGUCAAAUAUCAAUCUGUUCUCCCCAGGUCGCUCCUUUAUUUACAGACAAUUUUGAUUAUCAAAAUUUAGAUGAUUUUAUAAAAGGUAUAUUAAUUAAUGAAGAGAUUCUUGGUGAUCAAGUGCAUGCAUGUAUUGUCCAUGACUGCUACUCUGCAAGAGUUAACGAUCUGCAUAUGUAUAACGCAAUAAGUCUAGAUUUAAUGAACCGUUGGAUCUAUCCUUUAGUACCAGACAGUGUGACCUGUCAUUUUAGAAGAAACAAUAUAUAUUUGGAAGAUGAUGUUCGCAUGGAAAAAAAUUGUCAAAUAAUCGAAAGUGUGAUUAUUGGGAAAUCAACUACAGUUGGAGAAGGAACAAAAGUAUCGAACAGUGUGAUAGGAUCAAAUUGUAGAAUAGGAAAAAAUGUUCACAUAAACAAUUCAUAUAUAUGGGAUAAUGUUACGAUUGAAGAUGAUGUUGACAUCACGCAAUCUGUUGUUUGUACUGAUUGUAUUGUAAAAAGAUCAUCAAAGCUGAUUGACUCUGUCAUUUCUUUUAAAGUAUGCGUGGGUGCCAACAUGAAACUUGCACCGUCCACUAGAUUAUCAUUAUUACGCCCAGAAAAUAUAGAAGAUCAGUUUGGCAGUAUGGAUUUAAAAAGCUGUGAAGAUAGACCAUACGAUGUUUCAGUGGUAGGAGUGGAUGGCCAAGGAUACACAUGGCCCUGUAAUGAUGAUGAUGAAGAAGACGUCAUACCUAGUCUUACAGGUAACGACUACAACACGUCCGAUGAGAGCAGUGACGACGAUGAAGACGAGAACUCACUCCCUCCUACCCCACCUGUCGAAACAUCAAAUUUGUAUCAAUUCUAUUUGGAAGUGACAGAGAAUCUUCGAUGUGGCAUUACAGAAAAGAUCAGUGCUGAUAAUAUUGCUUUGGAAAUAAAUGCAUCAAAGUUUAAAUUCAACAUAAGUAUACCCGAGUUAUGUCAAACUGUAGUGAAAGCGUUACUGGAAUUAUCUGUGAAAGACACAUCAAGAACAAAACAAGAUAUGGCGAAGGAUCUAGACAAGAUCAUGACAACGUUGCAGCCAUUGUUGGAGAAAUAUUACAACUGCCCAGAUACACAGCUACAAGCGAUAGUAGCUGCAGAGGAAUAUUUCGCAAGUAACCUCAAUAUUGGUGCAGUCUUUGCAACUUUUCUCCAUAAAAUGUAUGAUAAAGAUCUUCUCGAUGAAAACGUCAUUCUGAAAUGGUAUAAAAACCCACCAAUUGCAGAAGAGUUUUCCAUGCAAGACAAUUUCAAUGAAUUAAGAGAAAAUCAGACACUUAUUAAAUUGAUCACGUGGUUGGAAGAAGCAGAGGAAGAAGAAUCUGAUGAAGAAUCCGAUUAAUUAGAUAAAUUAAUAAAUAAAUUGUUGAACCUCGA